UACGAAUCGCUCGUCGAACUCGGGCGACCUGGUGUCCUGUUGCCCGUGAUAAGACAAGUCAACCGGACACUAUGCGGCUGAACGGCUUGAGAAAGGGGGCAGAGUUACUGCGGAUUCUGGGGGUAUCGGAAUGCCACCCGUCUUACAGAACGUUAAGCAGUUUGCCAGAUGAAAAGAAAGCACUCCUUCAAAAUGGCCCAGACUUUAAGGAUUUCUUAUCGGGAGACUUGGAUGACAAAGAUUUGUGGGCUGAGUACAAAGGCAACCUAAAGAGACAGAAAGGCGAGAGGUUAAGGCUCCCUCCUUGGGCAAAAACUCAAAUUCCGAUGGGUAAAAACUAUAAUAAAUUAAAAAACACUUUGCGGAAUCUAAACCUUCAUACUGUGUGUGAGGAAGCCCGGUGUCCAAACAUCGGAGAAUGCUGGGGAGGAGGCGAGUACGGCACGGCUACCGCAACUAUAAUGCUAAUGGGUGACACGUGCACCAGAGGUUGCCGUUUCUGCUCUGUAAAGACCGCAAAAAAGCCGCCUGCUUUGGACCCAAACGAACCGUACAACACCGCUAAAGCCAUCGCAGAAUGGGGUCUGGAUUACGUGGUGCUCACGUCGGUGGACAGAGACGAUGUGCCGGAUGGGGGAGCUGCACACAUAGCACAAACUGUGACGCUUUUGAAGGAAAGGAACAAUAAAAUUCUUGUUGAAUGUCUAACGCCAGAUUUCCGGGGGGAUAUGAAAGCCGUGGAGACGGUUGCUGUGUCGGGGCUCGAUGUUUAUGCCCAUAAUGUGGAAACUGUACCGGAAUUACAAAGGUACGUCCGUGACCCGCGGGCUAACUUUGAACAGUCUGUCGGUGUUCUCAAACAUGCCAAGAGCGUGCGCCCUGAUAUCAUCUCCAAAACGUCCAUCAUGCUUGGCUUAGGGGAGACAGAUGAGCAAGUGUAUAACACAAUGGCCGCAUUACGAAAAGCGGACGUGGACUGUCUGACCCUCGGUCAAUACAUGCAGCCAACAAAACGCCAUCUUAAGGUUGAAGAGUACGUCACUCCGGAAAAGUUUAAGCACUGGGAGAAAGUGGGAGCUGAACUGGGAUUCCUUUACACGGCCAGCGGUCCACUAGUUCGCUCCUCCUAUAAAGCUGGUGAAUUCUUUUUGAAAAAUCUAGUGGAGAAAAGGAAAACAAGAACUGUUUAGAAGGAAACUUUUUUUGAACCGAACUGAGUGAUGCAGCUCCACGAGACGACCAUAUGAAACAAGAAUAAAAUUUAACUAA